GCCAGAAUUUAAUGUCCCGCCUGUUUCUAUGAUAACUGACUGUACAGAGUGUAUUGUACAUUUCUGCGACAUUGCACGAAGAUAACAUGUCUCCCACAGCCAAGAGAGCCUGUCCUAGUCCUCUGAACGACAGCCUGGAGAAAAGACUGAAACGCAUCUCUAUCGAAGGAAACAUUGCUGCGGGUAAAUCUACUUUUGUUCGCCUGCUGGAGGACUAUGAUCGAGAAUGGGAGGUAGUACCGGAACCCAUCGCUAGAUGGUGCAAUGUACAAACUCACCACAACGAGCAUGAGGAGCUGACGACCUCUCAGAAGAGCGGAGGAAACGUGCUGCAGAUGAUGUACGAGAAGCCUGAGCGCUGGGCCUACACCUUCCAGAGCUACGCCUGCAUGAGCCGCAUCCGCUCGCAGAUCAGAUCCAGCAACGGAAAGCUGCGCGAGGCCGAGGAUCCGGUGCAGUUCUUCGAACGAUCCGUGUACAGCGACAGGUACAUCUUUGCCUCUAACCUCUAUGAAAGCGAGUGUGUGAAUGAAACCGAGUGGGCGAUCUACCAGGACUGGCACAGCUGGCUUCAUAAGCAGUUCGGGAAGCACAUUGAGCUGGACGGCAUCAUUUACCUGCGCGCGAAGCCAGAAAGGUGCUUGGAGCGAUUGCAUUUGAGAGGAAGAGAUGAGGAACAGGGAAUCCCACUGGAAUAUCUGGAGAAACUCCACUAUAAACAUGAGUGCUGGUUACAGCACAGGACUAUGAGUAUGGAGUUUGAUUAUCUGAAUGAAGUGCCGAUUCUUACCCUGGAUGUCAAUGACGAUUUUAAAGACAACAAGAUCAAGUGUGCUGAUAUGAUUGAGAAGGUGAAGGAAUUUCUGAGCACUCUGUGAUUGCGAUGAGAAAAGGUGCCUGUUUGCCAAAUAAUGUAUCAUUGUGGAGGUUUUUUGUUUGUAUUUACCUUUUGUGUGUGUCCGUUUAGCACUUAUCAGUGUUUUUAUUUAAAUUCGUCAACUUUUCUACUUUUAUAAAUUCAACCAUUAAAACAAUUACCUUUUAUUUCUUUUAAAGAACAAAUACGAG